UUUAGUCAGAAAAGUUCAUAGCUUCACAACAUACGUACAAAAUUCUAAAUUUUUUCGUUACUUAAAUUUCAGAUUAUGGCUGAGGAGUAUAUCAUUUUGACCCCAUUCAAUUGUGUCCGGGAGUGCAGUCUGCUGCUGUCCAGUCCCAAGGAGCGAAAUUUAUGUAUUUCCGCCGUUCUGUUUAGUUUGUAUUGUGGCGUGCUAAUCUAUCGCACUUACAACAAGCAUCUGAACGAUCUGGAGAUCAAAAUGCAAGAAUCAGUUAGUGUAAGGCACGAAGAGUUGGAGGCAUCUGAUAGUUUGGACUUGGAGCCGGUGCCUGUGACCUCGAACGAAAUGUUGGUACCAGAUAUCUCAAUUCAGGGUGAACUCAAAUCGCAAUCUGAGGCCGAAUCGUAUCAAGUAACGCUAUAGGCAGCAGAGAAGCUUUCAUAUAUAAAUAGACAAGAGUACUUAAAUAUUUUCUAAGAACAAAAUUUACGCUAAUAAUCAGAUAAUAUUAAAUUAUAAUCAA